UUUUAAUGUAAAAAAUAAAUAAAUAAAUAAAUAAAUAAGAUAAAAGAAAGAAAGUGGAGUGUAUUGAGUGGUGUCUGCCAGCUGGGGUAGGAGCACAUGCAUAAAGAAUUAUACAGAUAGAUAUAUAUAGAUAAAAGAUAAAGAGGGUUUGGUCGGUUGAUUAAAAAAAGAAUGUGUGGGUUUGAUUAUUAGAGAGAGAGAGAGUGACAGUGUAAAGAGGGUUUGGUCGGUUGAUUAAAAAAAGAAUGUGUGGGUUUGAUUAUUAGAGAGAGAGAGUGACAGUGUGUGCCAUGUCCCCCCCUGUGUGAUCCAACCCGAAGGAGAGUACAGUGGAUCAACUAGUGAAUAUGGUUUGAAUCCGUCUGGCUCAAGUAUCGAACAAACCACUCGAGAAAUGGAGAUGGGAAAGAUGAAGAAAGACAGUCGUGGUUUCAGCGGAAGCUCAUGAAAACUUAUACCCUGCUGGAAAGAGCGUGAGAGCUGUGGAGAGUUCCGUCAAUGGCGGAUUUUCGCAGUUGCAGAGUUGUGGAGAUAGCAACGAAGAAGAGCUCUCUGUUCUGCCACGUCAUACCACGUCACACCAAGGUCGUUGUGACUGGUAACAACCGGACCAAGUCGGUGCUCGUUGGUCUCCGAGGCGUGGUUCUUACAAAUGGCAUAGAGGUAAAGCUACAAAGGAAGGCCCUUAGUGUGAUUGAAGCUCCUACUGGUAAUGAGGAUGAUGAUGACCUUGAAUUUGAGAAUGUGCAGUGGAAUGGCUCAGAUUUGGGCGAGUUAGCAUCCGAUGAUACUCAAAAGUCCUACAGAUCAAGGCAUCGCAUGCAUAAAUUAUCAUGGUCGUCCCACAAGACUACGAGCAGGUCCCUCUCUUGUGAAUCACAAUCAAAGGGAUCAUCUGUGUCUACUCCUUGGGGGUCCACGAAGGUUGACCUAAAUCUUCGAACAUGUGACCGGAGGCAUUUGAAGUACAUCCAAAGCCACAUUGGCUCCUCGGUCGCCGUGUGAGGACCAUCCCAUAAACCCAUCUGGGUGUCGAGACCGAGAAACGCAGGGGUUCGAGUGGUGUGGAGCGAGAGCGGCGGCGAAGCCGUGGUAGGCGGUGGUGAUUUUUGUUGAUGAGCUGGAAGAUGCAGGAAAGUGAAGGUAUGUGUAAAAACAAUAAGCGGAUUAGGUUGAGGUCCGGCGGGCGACCAAGGCGAGGUUGCCGCCCGCCGGUGAAGCGAAAAAAAAUACUAAGUUCUUAACCUUGCUCUGAUACCAUG